UGUUUGCAGGUCGUGCAGCUUGCUGUGCGUGCAGAGCUAACCGUCAGUCCAGAGAUCCAUAUGCCGAUCAAAGCCCGGUUCUGGAGGGUUAUGGGAACUUCACUGAGCCGGUUCAUCAGCGUCUAAAACAAACCAGCAACUUAUCGCUUCUGAAAGAAAGUCCGAACAAUAAAAAACAGCCGACCUCGGACGGUUGCGGAAAAGUUGUUAACUCUGGAAGAAGAAGCCAUGGACCCGAGAGACACAGCCCCGGAUUCAUGGGAGCUGGAGGAGGAUGCCGAGGCCCCAGCUCCGGCGGCGGAGCUCCCAGCCGCCUUCGCUGCCCUCAAUGUCAACGCCAAGCCGUUUGUCCCCAAUGUGAAUGCCCCGGUGUUUGUACCGAGCUUCCUUCAGGCCAGCAACGCCGAAAUGCCGGGCUCAGACGGUCCCCCUGAACCAGCUGCAAACAUGGAGGUGGCAGACACAGCCGCUCCAGUGGAGAAUGGAAACACAGAGGCUGACAUGACAGUGGAGGAGGAAACAUGGGAGCAGAAGGAGGAGCCCGGGGGAGGAGAGGGAGGUGGGGGACAUGAAGGCCUUGGAACAGAGGGAGGAUGCGAAGAGGCCGGGGCCUCUGGGAAAGAAGACGAUGAGAUGAUGGAGGAAGAAGAGGAGGAGAUACCCAUUCCUAAGGUGGCUCCACCGCCGCCUGAUGCACCCAAGAAAGAGCAUGUGAACGUGGUCUUCAUUGGUCAUGUCGAUGCUGGUAAAUCGACCAUUGGAGGACAGAUCAUGUACCUAACUGGAAUGGUGGACAAGCGAACCCUGGAAAAAUAUGAACGAGAAGCUAAAGAAAAGAACCGGGAGACAUGGUAUUUGUCGUGGGCUCUUGACACAAAUCAGGAGGAGAGAGACAAGGGGAAGACAGUGGAGGUCGGGAGAGCUUACUUUGAGACGGAGAAAAAACAUUUUACCAUCCUGGACGCUCCGGGACACAAGAGCUUCGUCCCCAACAUGAUUGGGGGAGCGUCGCAGGCUGAUCUAGCUGUUCUGGUAAUUUCGGCAAGAAAGGGUGAGUUUGAGACGGGAUUUGAAAAGGGUGGACAGACGAGGGAGCAUGCCAUGCUGGCUAAAACUGCCGGAGUAAAACAUCUCAUUGUUCUGGUCAACAAGAUGGAUGACCCCACUGUGAACUGGAGCCUAGAGAGGUAUGAGGAGUGUAAAGAGAAGCUGGUGCCAUUUUUGAAGAAGGUGGGCUUCAACCCUAAGAAGGACAUCCAUUUUAUGCCUUGUUCUGGACUCACAGGUGCCAACCUCAAAGACCCCGUGCCUGAGUGCCCCUGGUACACAGGUUUGCCAUUUAUUCCCCACCUGGACAGUUUGCCAAACUUCAACAGAUCCAGCGACGGACCCGUUAGACUACCAAUCGUGGACAAAUACAAGGAUAUGGGCACAGUCAUUCUCGGGAAGUUGGAGUCUGGCUCUAUCAGUAAAGCUCAGCAGUUGGUCAUGAUGCCAAACAGGCACACCGUGGAGGUACUGAGCCUCCUCAGUGAUGACGUGGAGACGGACGAUGCGGCGCCUGGGGAGAACCUGAAGCUGCGGCUGAAAGGAAUAGAGGAGGAAGAGAUUCUCCCUGGGUUUAUCCUGUGCAGCCCGGACAAUCUGUGCCAUUCUGGACGCACCUUUGAUGCCCAGAUCGUCAUCAUUGAGCACAAGUCGAUCAUCUGCCCCGGUUACAAUGCAGUCCUUCACAUCCACACCUGCAUUGAAGAAGUGCAAAUCACAGCAUUAAUCUGCCUGGUUGAUAAAAAGACGGGAGAGAAAAGCAAGACGCGGCCGCGCUUUGUGAAGCAGGAUCAGGUGUGCAUCGCCAGGCUCCGGGCAGCAGGGGUCAUCUGCUUAGAGACCUUCAAGGACUUCCCCCAGAUGGGACGAUUCACUCUAAGAGAUGAAGGUAAAACUAUCGCCAUCGGCAAAGUCCUGAAGCUUGUUCCAGAAAAGGACUAAAUGCACCAGCGCCAGCAUGCAUGGAGUUCUUUCACCUGUUACCCGGCGGGGAAACGCUGCCAGAGCCGACUCAGACAGCUACUCUCUCUCUUUCUCUCUCUGUCUCUCUCUCUCUCUCUUUAAAAACAUCUUUGUUGAAGAUAAGAUGAACACCAACGAGGGAGGAGGAGGAAUAAAAGUCAUGUCACGUGAAGAAAAAGAAAACAAGACUGAAUCAGUUUUUUAUGAUGAACAAUAUAUAGAAUGAGAGCCCAAGUCCAGUGUGUCAGCUUUCUCAUAUUGAGAGCUCAGCUAUGCCACUAAUGUAGCUACAAACAUCCCCCCACCCCUCUAAUACUCCCAUGGCCAACUGGGCUAUCGACUGGACCUCGUUUGGUUUUAGGGUGGGUGCUGAUGCAGAGUCGUUAAUGUUUAAAGAAGAAUCAUUUCAGAAUGAUUUCUAUAUCCUGCAGAAACAUCAGAGUUAGCUCUUUAUUAUACUCAGAGUGCAUCUCCCACCUUAGAAGUGAGUUUAAGAAUCCUGCAGACACUUUGAUUUGGUUUUAGGGAAUGGUCCACCAGAAUUUUUGCUUUGGUUCUCUCUCUCCACGUGAGAUGGGUUAUCUGGACUGAGCUCACACACAGAACUACUCUGAUGAUCCCAGGAUGGAAACAUCCUCACAUUAACAGGCGCACAGAGCUGUUACAUUAAUGGAAACUGAAAAUAAAGCAUCAACCUGAAAAUAA